CGGGAAACGAAAGUACCCAUUAAGCCUCCGGUAAGCGCUUCCAGGCGCGGCCGCUCCCAUGCCCGGUAGACCCCCCGUUCCGCAGCCGCCCGGCCCCAGCUCCCCAGCAGAAGGAGACGGUGCCACUGCCCAAAUGGAGUCUGGACCCCAGCUGGGUACACCCCCACGCUCCCCUCCAUCCGAGCCACCCACGGUGAAGGAUGACUUCCAGUUCAUUCUCUGUGAGGGCUGCCAGCAGGAAUCAUGCAACCUCAAGCUUCUUACCUGCCUCCACACCUUCUGCCUCGAUUGCCUGAGUGAGAACAAGCCCAUCGGGCAGUGCCCCGUGUGCCGGAUGGCCAUUCCACAGGCCAGUGGCAUCCCCAACAUGGACAACCUGCUCUUCACCAACCUGCAGGCCAGGCUUAGCACCUACAAGAAGAUCAGUGACAGUGGUGGCCUGAGCUGCAGCCGGUGCCGGACGGAAGCGGCGGCAGUGUGGUGCCCCGAGUGUGAAGAGUUCCUCUGCACCAAGUGCUUUGAGGACCACCAGUGGUUCUUCAAGAAGAGGAGCCAUGAGGCCAGAAGGGUGGAGGACCUUCGUGCUGAGUCAGCCCAUCGGUUCCUGGAAGACACCAAAAAGUCCUGCAAACUGUUUUGCUCCAGUCCUGGUCACGCCAACCAAGGCCACAUCUCCAGCAUCUACUGCAACAAGUGUGAGAAGGCACUGUGCUGCUCAUGCGCGCUGCUGGACAGUCAGCAUACCCCCUUCUGCGACAUCCGCAGCGAGACCCAGCGCAGGCAGGAGGAACUGGGCACCAUAAGCCAGGAGCUGAAGCAGAAGCGAAGCAACUUUGAGGCCACCUAUGCUGCAUUGCAGGAUGAGGCCACCCGGCUGGAGCAGGCACAGCGGGAGACGCGGGAGCUGAUCCAGCAGCGCGUGGAGCAGCUGGUGCAGCUGAUCCGGCAGGAGGAAGAGGAGCUGCUGGGGCUGGUGGAGGCACGGCAGGAGCAGGGCCAGAGGGACCUGGCAAGGGAGCUGCAGCACGUGGAAGGGGUGCUGCGGCGGAUGGAGGCAGGCGAGCGGCUGGUGGAGAAGAUGAGCCUCUACGCCACAGAGCAGGAGGUGAUGGACAUGCAGCCCUUCAUCAGGGACUCACUGAAGGAACUGCAGUGGCUGCAGCCACCGGUGGCCAGGGACCGAGCACAGCCUGGGGACUUUGCUGAAUGCAGAGCCAGGCUGCAGGCACUGGUGGAGCGCGUGACCAGGCACCCAGAUAACAAUUCCCAAGCUGUCCCCAUGGUCGAGGUGGCCCUGGAGAACGACCUGCAAGAGGAGCCGGUCCAGCCCGAGAGCCAGAGGAUCAUGCCCACCUUCACCAUCAGCCUUGAGGAGAUGCAUGCAAUCCAGGCUCUCCCUGUUACCACAUGGCCCAAGCGGAGUUUGAACUGCGUGGAAAGGGGCAGCCAGAUCUCACCCAAGCUACUGAAGCUGGAGUGCCAGAAUAUGCCAGACCCCAGCCAUCCCAGUUCAACCCAGUGGGAUGGCAGAAGGGAGCCCAGCACCUCCACGCCAAGCCAGAACUGCAGCAGCAGUCACGCCGUUAAUGCAGAAGACACCAGCAUUAUCAUCAGCUCAGAGGACAGCGAGGAAGACACGGCGGCUUCCAGCAAGCCCAAGGACUGCAAGAAGCCCUCCAGCCCCGUGUGGUUGGGGAGUGGCACCUCACCCUACCACAACACUGGCGCCACCAGCCCCUGCGACAACGGGUCGGAGCUGAGCACUUUGGUGUUCCUCAGCAUGAAGGUUGACCAGAAAACCCAGCACAUCAUGGAGGUGGCAGCAGCCAAUGGAGAACACACCUUCAAGACACUGAUUCAGACACCCGAGUCAGUGCUGGCGCUGCUCUCCCAGGGCGUCCCUAUAGAGGUGGGGAUGCAGCACCUCCUCUGGUACCUCUUCCCAAUCCCCAGGCCCAUCCUCAUUGUCUAUAACUUCUGGGCGCUGGAGCUGCCUGCUCUCAUUAAAGCCCUGGAUGCCACAGGUAAGAAAGUGGACUUCUGCCAUGUUGUGGACGGUUACAUGGAUAUGUUGUCCUUGAUCAAAGAAAAGCUGCCCAAGGCCCCGUCCUACAAACUGAAGAGCCUGCUGAGAAGGCACCUGCAGCAGCAGCUCAAUGAGGGCAGUGCGCUGGCCACAGCCAAGGCCUUGCAGGAGCUUUGGGUAGCCCUGGAGCUCCCUGCCCACCCUGACGCGGGGAUGAUGCUCACCCACUGCAACCUGCAGAGCUACACCAUCCUGCGGUCCCUGGUGCAGGAGAAGCUGCUUACCAGGAGAGCGGCCAAGAUCCUGGCCCGGCGCAACCUCAUCCUCUGGGAGCUGGAAGAGGCGUGAACACAACUGUGGGGUGAGCUGAGCUGGCCAGGUCUCAGGAUAACGAUGCCAGGUUUGCAGGGAUAUUUGCCAGGGAUGAUCACCAUCCCUGCAUCCUGUGCAGGGUUACUCGCAGCAGCAUCAAACAGGACUUGCAGGCUCGCUCUGCUCCCAGCUUAAGGGAGGUUCAGGACCUUAAGCCUCACCUUAAGGUGAGGCUUAAGAGGUUCAGGACCCUGGGUUAGGGCUAGGGGGAAGAAACCACACAAUCAAAUUUAUACGUUUUUAUAAAUUUAUAUCUUUAUAUAAACUA